AUGUUCUCACUCUUCAUCAGUCCGGUGUACGAUCCCCCAGAUUAUCCGUCCCAGAACACGGAUUACCCGUGUCGGGAGUUUCAGGAGAUCUCCCCGAAAUCAAGUCCUCAGCCAAAUCCGUUCUACCUCUCCAUUCAGGCAUGGGACAAGCAUUUUAACCUCACUCCGGGAACGGGACCUACCCAACGGAAAUCAGCCAAUUAUACCGAGUAUCAGGCGAUCCAUGUAUACACCGGGAUGGCAAUGAACGCAGCAGACUUCCUCGAGCGACAAGACUUCAAGUUCAACGCCUCGUGCAUCUGCAAAGAUGAGCGCGACGCCGGCAGUCUUCUCUAUUCGGGCUCCCUCAUCAAUCCGACGGAAGACAGGAAAUUCGACUGGGCCCAGAACCAGAUCUCCACGCCCGGGAUCUUGGGUUUCUUCAACGCGCACAGAGCGCAAGUGGUGAUGACUGGGUCUUUCAUUGUGGCUAAUGAGAAGCACGGCUCGAUGGUUGGGCGGGCUGAGAUGGCUUUCCGCGGCGAGAUUGACGAGGAGCGGUCGGAUCAACUGCUCAUGGGCGGGCGGGUGCCGGAAUGGAAUGCUACGCUGGGAUUUGUGCGGGACAGUGUUGGGGGCGCGAAGUCUGUGGCUCCGCGGGUUUUGGUUUCGGGGGAGGUUGGGAAGUUGAUUCUAGGAGGAGUUGCGGGCCUGGGGCUUGUGGUUCCGUUGAUGUUCUUUUGA